UUGACUAUUUAUGUUAUAUUAGACCGGAAGUACUUAUGUCCUGAUGUAGAAUCUUAAAUUAACAGUCGGUAUCGUAAUUUCCUUCCCUCUCUCUCGGGGUUAGUUUUAGCACUUGUGAAAAACCUGUCUGGUCAGUUCCUGAAGAGGACUGCAGACCAGAGAAAUGCGCGUUACCUCACUGAAACACAAGAAACGCACAGAGCGCAGCUGUCAAAUUCGUCCUGUUUUUUACCAAUGGAACAGUCUUCUUUGUUUGGUGUUCGCCUGUCCUUAAAACAACGGUACUUCCUGCUGUUUACCACUGCCAUAACUCUGAUAAUUGUUUAUCAGUUUUCAAGGCAUCGUCCAGAAGUGAGAAGAAUGAACCGUGUGGAGGGUCUAAGAGCUGAGUCGUCUCAGUUUACAUUGGAGGGGAAACCUUUUCGCAUCCUGGGGGGCUCUGUCCAUUACUUCCGCGUCCCCAGAGCCUACUGGAAGGACCGGCUGAUGAAGAUGAAGGCCUGUGGCCUCAAUACUCUCACAACCUAUGUACCGUGGAACCUGCAUGAGCCAGAGCGAGGGGUGUUUAACUUUGAGGAUCAUCUGAAUUUAGAAGCCUACUUACGUCUUGCAGCCAGCUUGGAUCUCUGGGUGAUUCUGCGUCCAGGGCCAUACAUCUGUGCUGAGUGGGAUUUAGGUGGGCUGCCCAGUUGGCUACUUCGAGAUCAGAGCAUGAAGCUAAGAACAACCUACUCAGGAUUCAAAAAAGCAGUCAACUCCUACUUUGAUCAGCUCAUGGAGAAAGUAGCUCCACACCAGUACUCCCAAGGUGGCCCAAUCAUAGCAUUUCAAGUGGAAAAUGAAUAUGGCUCCUAUGCUAAAGAUGAAGAGUAUAUGCCUUUCAUCAAGGAGGCUUUAUUGUCCAGGGGCAUCACAGAGCUGCUGCUGACCUCCGACAACAAUGAAGGGCUAAAGCGUGGAGGAGUGAAAGGAGCUCUUGAAACCAUCAACUUUCAGAAACUGGAUCUAAAUGACAUCAAGCACUUGGAUGGAAUUCAGCCUCAGAAACCCAAGAUGGUGAUGGAGUACUGGACUGGUUGGUUUGAUCUAUGGGGAGGCCUUCAUCAUGUCUACACUGCUGAGGAUAUGUUACCUGUAGUCACAGAAGUUCUUAAGCUGAACAUGUCUAUAAACCUUUACAUGUUCCAUGGAGGAACCAAUUUUGGCUUCAUGAAUGGUGCAUUUGCAGUGGAUAUACCGUCUCCUAAACCCAUGGUGACAAGCUAUGAUUACGAUGCUCCACUAUCUGAGGCUGGGGAUUACACCACCAAGUAUCAUCUUCUGAGGAAUUUAUUCAGCCACUACCACACCCAGCCACUCCCUGAACUUCCUUCUCGCCAGGAGAGGAGAGCAUACCAUCCUAUUAUCAUAGAGAAGCACCUGUCCCUGUGGGACAGUCUGCAUUUCACUGAAAAGCCUUUGAAGUCAGAGAGGCCGGUGAACAUGGAGAACCUCCCUGUUAAUAACAACAAUGGCCAGUCAUACGGGUACACACUGUAUGAGACCACCAUCACCAGCGGAGGAGCCCUAAACUCCAAGAACAACGUCAGAGACAGAGCACUGGUUUUUGUGGACAAACAUUUUGUUGGUGUUCUGGACUAUGAAGUGCAAGAAAUUGCAAUACCAGAUGGGAAGGGAAGAAGAACUUUGGGUUUACUGGUGGAAAACAGCGGAAGAGUGAAUUAUGGGAAAACUCUGGAUGAACAGCGCAAAGGUCUUGUUGGGGAUAUUCAGUUAAAUACACAUCUCCUCAGAGACUUCAUUAUUCACAGUCUGGAUAUGAAGCCGGACUUUGUAAGGAGACUUGAACGUUCAGACUACUGGAUGUCUAUGCACCAGCAGCCUUCAUUCCCAGCCUUUUUUCAGGCUAGACUCUAUGUAAACAGCUCUCCUAAAGACACCUUCAUCAAGCUGCCUGGCUGGAACAAAGGUGUUGUUUUUAUCAACGGCAAGAAUUUGGGACGUUAUUGGUCUAUUGGUCCUCAGCAAACUCUCUAUCUCCCAGGUCCCUGGCUUCAGAGAGGGGACAACCAGGUCAUAGUGUUCGAAGAGCAGGAAACUGAUGGUAAAAUCCAGUUCACCACCAGCCCUGAUUACGGCAUGACUGUUGAUGUCCAGUGAGGCCAGGAGGUGAGAGGGAAGAAGCGUGGGAGAACAUGAAAGACUGCAAAAGCUGCAUUUCUAUAGCAUCCAGCCCCCUACACUUAUUCACACAUCGGUGAAUAAGGUGUUACCAUUCCAACAGUUUUAUUAACUCUCACAGCAGGUUGUCUUCCUGGCCAAGUUUAUGACAUUUUGCUGACUCCUUUUUAUUUGCUUUCAUAACAUCUUUUAAUCUAUAUUUCAAAUGCAGAACUGGAAAAUGUGAAAAAAAAAAUGUAAUAAAUUUUCUAUUUUAGAGCAAUUUAAUUUAAAGUUUACAUUCAUGAUGUGUAAAAUAAAAAAAAUGUGAAUAAAUAUUGGUUUGAUCUCAGUUUGAGUGACUAAAACCAAGAAAGCUUGUACAUUCUGUCCUCAGCACUGCUCGUUAUAUCUAUUACAAAAGAGAGUCUUUGUAUUUUGAAGUAAAACCUGAUGCAGAAAAAUGGAUUCUUUAGGACCUGAUGACACCAAUCAAAUCUGGAAAGUCUGAAUUAAGUAAAACUAGUUUACUCGUUGAAUACAGUGAAAUGAGGUUGGUGGCUCCACCUAGUAGAUCUUGCUUUUCAAUGUUUUCAACGCAGAACACACGGUAAACUUUUAAGCGCAGAGAACGUUGUCUGCAUCUUGAUAUAAAUGGCAUCACCUGAUGUCUCCUGAACAUCUUGGUCUCAUUCAUUUCCAUAACAGGCGGCGUGCCACAAAGCAAGACACACACUCAAUGGGUCACUUGAUGCACUCCUGUACAGACAUACAGUACUUGCAGUGUGAAAUCAUCCUCAGGACACAACACUCAGGGCCAGAUAAGAUUCUUCUCAUUUAUUUUUCUUGAUUCAACUAACAGUUUCUCUGAGACAUAACUGCUGUGGCAAAAAAACAACCUUAAGAGUCACAUGCAUAAAAUGUGAAUCACAUGAAACUGGGAGAUGACAGUG